AUGUCCAAUGAAGGUUCAUUUCGAGUACUUUCGAGUGGUCGAAAACUUGAAAGCGUCUCGUCGGUUAAUCGUGUACUCAAAAGUGGUCGUCGUUUAACGGAUAAUGAACCAGCACAGAAAAAACAACGUACACUCUUUUCGGAAAUUGGAACGAUUUUACACCAUAAUCAAGACGAACAGAAUCCUCAUGGUCGUCACGAUGCAACCAGCAUUUCGAGUAAAAUUCAAGUUAGCGAACGCAAACCACGAGAAAACGAGCCAACAAAGAAGCUUCUACUUCAAGCUGUUUCCGAUGCAAAUAAAAGCGUUUUGAUGAAAUUAAACAAAACAAAUGGUGUUGUCAAAGUGAUGAAACCUGAUGGCACAACCGAGUGUUUAACAACACGUACACUGGCCAAGCGUUUGAAAGCAAAGGAACCAAUUUGGGUUGAUCCAAGUAGUCUAGUUAGUAAAGCUGAACCAACAUUAGGAAAAAUGAAAAUUCGUAUUAAAAACGAAUACUGUGCUUCGACAACAAAUGAAGCCGAUUCGAAUGAGCAACGCAUAUCGCCAAUGGAAUUCGAAGACGACGACGAUGAUGAUGAUGAAUUCGUGGUUGUUGUAAAUAAUGAUUAUGAAACUGGUGAUGAUUUAAAUAAUAUCUGGAUGUUACAUGAUUACCCUUACGAUGAUAAUGGAAAUCAAGCACAGGGCAAUGAAUUUGAUGUCGAACAUGGAAAUGGAACGUUUAAACGUAAAUUAAGUGAUGAUGCCAUGUCAGAAGAUAAUGAUCAACAACAAUACUCGCCUCCGACAAGUUUGUCAGCAACGGCAAAUAAGAAAACGAAACGGUGUCGAUUUUGGCCUGACUGUAAUAAUGGUGAACAGUGUGAAUUCGUUCAUCCGACUCAACGUUGCACACAUUUUCCAAAUUGUGUCUAUGGUGCUGAAUGUUUAUACAUUCAUCCACCAUGUCGAUUUGGUGCUGCAUGCGCACGACCUGAUUGUCCCUACUUACAUUCAUCAGCCACGCCGGCAUCAUCGCCAACAUCAACGAAUAAUAAUAAUCCAACGGUAACUGGACGUUCAUCGAUAACGAUUCGACCAGAAAGUUCAACGAUCUGUAAAUUUGGUGUACAAUGUAUGCGUCCGAAUUGUAUGUAUUCACAUCCUCGUGUUCCAUAUCCAGCUGCUCGCAAUUACAAAUGGGUUAAUAGCAAAUGGCAUGCUUCCGAUGAUAUCUUAUUGGUGCCACCGCCAGCGAAAAGUACCGUCUACGAAAAUCCAUUCGUGACCGAGAAAAUUUCUCCGAAUAGUAACGAAAAUGAAAUCGAAAAAUGA